UGAGACUUCAGUUGGAUGUUAGAGCUCUUAUUAGAGACAACGUUUAAUUUGUAAAUUUAAAAAAAUAUUUUGAGCAAUGAAAUAUUUAAGUGAAUUUUUGAAUCAUACAAUGCCUGCUAUGAGCUAUGGUCUUUCUGAAGAUCUGGUGCUCUCGUCACACACUAGGACGAGUAUAGAGGGUGCAUUUGUAACUAAAGUUGCCGGUUUCGGCGCUAUCAGUGGCGUAUUGGUGGCUGUUCUUAUCGAUUAUCUUUUUCACUUUGAGUAUAAAGUGUUCAAAAAGAAAGUGAAAAUUAAAAUGGAAGAUCGAGUUUGGCUUCAAAAAUUAUUUAUUUUAAUUACUUUAAUAUUAGUUAUGCCGUUCGUUUUAUCGCUGUUACUACUGGCUUCUUUUUAUAAAUUAAUUUGUUCUGUAAUAAUUAAGAGAAAAGACAAACAUUUUGCGGGAUUUCUUAAUAGUUUUGACGUAUUUUGGAGUUUAGAAGAUGACGCAACUAAGAGUAUCAUAAACGUGCUCGGCGUAAUCGAAUCCAAAUCAUCUCAAGAUUUAGUCGACCACAUCAGAGAAAAAUUACAGAAUGUAAUACAAAACUCAGAUGCGGAGAAAAUAUUUUAUAGAAGAAACGAGGAGUUCGGAUUUUACUACUGGAGAAAAUGUUGCUACAUAGAUAUCAAUCAAUAUGUGCGCAUCGUCGAUGUUUCGAAUAGCACCGAGCUCAAUGUAUCAGACUUAGAAGAAAUAAUGACCGAAAUAGCCUACCAACCUUUACCUUUUAAUGACGAGGGACUAUUUCAAAUAUUAAUAACAAAUCAAAAAUUAAAAAGUGAUAACAAAAACGACGAAUAUGGUGUUAUAUUUAGAAUACAUCAUGCUGUUGGUGAUGGCGUGGCUUUGAUAGAAUUUUUGUGUGAAUCAUUAGCAGAUAGAGAAAACGAAUCUAACGUAUUUUGUAUGCCAGAUGCUUACAAAAGUAACAGCAAAAAAACUCCCUCUGAUUUGAUGGAAAUGAUAAUGAAACUGUGUAAAAUGCCAGGAUGCUUAGUAAAUGGGAUUUUGAGGGUGCCAGAUAGAACUUCCUUACAUGGCCCGACGUUAAUUGGCAAAAAGCUUUUUAAGUGGACUGACUCGGACGAAAAUUUAUUUGACUUAGUAAAAGACAUAAAGAAACAUCCUGAAGAUCUGAAUUUUUCCGAUAUUUUAGCAACAUCUCUGUCUUGCGGCUUACGAGAUUAUUUUAUAAAGGAAAUUGAUCCAGCGCCUAAUACGGUUGCAGUAAUACUACCCGUUAGGUUUCAACAAAAGAAAACAGGCGUUUUAAAAUUGGAAAAUAAUUUUACUGUUAGUAUAUUGGAUUUGCCCAUUGGAUCUGAUAUUGGUGAUGUAAGAAGAAGUUGUAAUGGAUUGCGAGAGAGUGCUGAUCCUCUUACAAAUUUCUAUUUUCUGAAGAUUUGUAGUAUUUUUCCGAAAGAAAUACUUUUUCAUAUAUUUAACAGCAACCAAGCCACAAUGGUAUUUAGUAACAUGCCUGGACCCAAAGUCUUAAGCAUUUGUGGUGGAGUGAUGAAGUCUUUGGUAUUUUUCAUUCCAAAUAAGGGAAAUACAGGUUUAGGUAUAACCGCUCUGUGUUAUAACGGAGUGCUCAGAUUUGGAGCGAUGGCUGAUUCAGCGUUAGUGUCUAGUUCAGAUGAACUGGCUACAAUUUUGAAUGGAAUGGUCAAAGAAAUAAAAAGGUUGCAUAGAGAAUAUGUUAGUUAAUCGCAGCAGACUCAAAUGGCCUUAAUUUUGACUUCUCAGUAAAAGAUAUGGAGAAGAUCAAAACAGCUCAAGAUAGUGGAGUGCACAAUCACGAUCUUCAUCCAUUUGGUCUAAGCGAAGAUUUAUGUACACAUAUACGUAUAUAUUUUUUUAAUAUACAUAGAGUUAAAAAAAGAAA